AACGUACCGGUACCGCCAAGGCCGCCAAGCAACUAACUCGCACCAUAUCCAGGUGAUCCUCCUCGAAAACACGAAGUACCGUGCUGCAUUUGAAAACGUGAUUCGAAGACAGAACAAGGUGCGCACCCCUUACCCCCUGCAAGACUGGAUCCAGCGGUAGGCUACAGCAGCGCGCCGAGCAUCGAUCAUACCAUGGCGGAACAACAACAGCAAGGAUUUUCAACGCCGCUGACGGCCCUCCAAGAGGAAUGCUACCGACUUUUGCAAUCCAAACAAUACAAGAGCUGCGAAAUUUUGACCCAGAUGGAACUCUCGAUGGCAGAAAAGGAAGGCCGCGAUACUCGCGUUGCAUGGGCUUUCUUGGGGGAGUGUGCCCAGCUCACACACCAAUACAACAAGGCCAUAUCCUAUUACCGCCAGAUCCAGCACUUUGGGUCAUACAAGUAUCGUCUGAAAGAAGCACAGUGCCUCCAAGCGAAGGGGAAUAUUGUAGAAGCAUCGUCGGUUCUGGAAUUAAUCCCCCACCACGAACGAAAUUUAACAAUUCACAUGACUCUUGGUCAGCUCUACAUUGCUACGGGGCGAACAGGUUCUGCAUCGGAUUGCUUUGUUCGAAGUCUAAUGGAGAACCCAAUGGCACUGGAAGCAAUCGAGUGGUUGGCGGUCUUAGGAACAACGGACAAGGCCAUGGUACUCGAUGCGGUGGAAAAGGGAUUUAAAAAAGUAUCGGCACAGCAGCAACAGCAACAAAGGGGGGAUGUCAUGAACGAUUUAUCGGCAAUCAUACCGGUCAAAGAAUUCGUUACGGCACAGUUUGCCAAGUCUCGCCACCAGACGGCGUCCGCGCUCCAGCUUUUCACCGCACUGGAAAAAAUAUUUCCAAGGAACGUCUACCUGAUGCUGAAAAUCGCCAACCUGCAAAACCAAAUGAACGACGAAGAACGAGCGGGGAGGACGUUUGCGCAAGUCAGACAGCUAGAUCCUACGAACAUUGAUUGCAUGGAUCUCUAUGGUCAGAUUUUGGCCCGGGAAAACAAUUUGGACGCGCUGAAUCAGCUUGCUUCAACCCUUCUGGAAAUCGAUGAUAGACGCCCAGAGGCCUGGUCCGCUCUAGCGCUGUAUCACGAGGCACGCCAGGACCACGAAAAAGCCCUGGCCUUUGUGGAAAAAGCAAUAUCGAUGGACCAACGGAAUGCAUUCGCCCACCGUCUGAAGGGAGCUAUUUUGCUGGCCGACAAUCGACCAGAGCACGCAGCGGUGUCCUUUUUCAAAUCGAACGAAUUCAAGCGGGACGUCUCUAGCUACGAAGGCCUCGUAGACUCGUACCUGCUAGCCGGAAAGUACAAGGAAGCAAUUUGCGCAGCGAAGGAGGCGAUCACAGCCGCUCCACGUGAUCCACGAGCGGUCACGCUGGUUGGAUUGGCCCUGCAACAAGGGCAGGUAGGAUCGAACAGCGUGGAAGGAAUGGAAAAGGCAAAGAGAGCGCUCCGCAAAGCGCUGGCCCUGGAUCCAUCGGCACUGAGACCUUUGCUCUCCCUGGUCCAGCUCCAUGCGCAGGAAAAGGACUAUGACACCUGCAUCGAUCUCCUUCGCCAGGGAAUCGAAGGGACAUCUGAAUCGAAGAGUUCGCUCCAGGGACAAGAUAUUUUGCAGACCAAGCUAGGGGAGAUCUACAUGGCCGCGGAAAACUAUAAGGAUGCGAUCGCCUCCUUUCAUGCAGCUCUUGCCCUGAAUCCCAUGAGCACAGAGGUCCAGCACUUGCUCGAAAAACUGGAGCAACAAGUUCAAGGGGUUGACACAAGCGAUCAUACGGACGAUAUCGUGGAAGAUUCGCCCACGAGCUAUAGGGAAGGAAGACCGUCAUAUUAAAAAUAAAUACUCUCUAAUGCAGAACGGUUUGACAAAUCAGAUUUAUUAUCGCACAACGCUAACAGACGAUGAGGAGAAUCAAAUUUAGAAUUUCAGCUGCGUACUUCAUAGCACCAACGCAGUUGCAGCCACCGACAGAGAUGCUGGUCGACCCUUGAGAUCUUGUCAAGUAAACCACGAUCGAUACCGGAGGCACCCAAUGAAGAGAAUAUAAAAUACGCAGUAUUCAGCUAGGACACCGAGUAGCAUAAAAUAGAAGAAUACAUUGUGGUAAAGCUCUGUGAUUUGAUAAUAUUGAUUUAUUUUUAGUGUACAGCUAUAUCGUAUGCUUCCGAAGGAGCAUAAUUAUAAUAAUCUAGGAAAAAGCAAUAGUCUUCUCACCGUUUCGUCAGUCCUCCGAAUGUAUCAAAAUCUAGCGACGACGACCGGCUGCUUUGCGCCCUCUUCCAACCUCGUCCUGGUCUAAUCGGAACAUAGAAUUCAAUUCCUUUAGUGUUUGUUGCUUCCCUUCAAUGCUCUCCGUCUUCCUCAGGUGCGCCAUGGGUCCGUGGAGAAGCUUGUUGACAAUCCCCCUCGACAGCCUUUCCACAGCUUCCAUUUCUUUAUCGGUAAGGUUGGCGUUUGCGAGCUUGCGUGUGGCCUUAGCGAGCUCUUCCUCACGGAAACCGUUUGCUCUUUCCUGCAGUUGGUUGAUGGUAGGAAUAGCAGAAAGAGAUUCACGCCAGGCACCGAAUUG